ACCGGAAGGCGUUGGGAGCCGGACCGGAAGGGAAAACGGCCUCUGACGGCGCUCGUGGCCUCCGCCCGGGAAGGACGCCGCCGGCAUGUCCGCCUUCGUGGACUUCAAAACCUAUGUGGAUCAAGCAUGUAGAGCAGCAGAAGAAUUUGCAAAUAUUUAUUAUGAAACCAUGGAUAAAAGAAGGCGGAUAUUAACCAGACUCUACACCGAUGAUGCGACUCUAGUUUGGAAUGGGAAUGCCGUAUCUGGCCAAGAAGCUCUUGCCAAAUUCUUUGAGAUGUUACCAUCUAGUGACUUUCAAGUGAACACGUUUGAUUGCCAGCCUGUUCAUGAGCAAGCAACUCAGAAUCAGACUACAGUUCUCGUUGUGACCUGCGGGACCGUUAAAUUUGAUGGGAAUAAGCAACAGUACUUCAACCAGAACUUCUUGCUAACAGAACAGACCACGAAUAAUAACACAGUCUGGAAAGUCAUGAGUGAUUGUCUCCGUUUCCAAGAAACCCCUCAUUAGUGAGAGGAGCAACCGUGGGUGUCUUCGUCUGGAUUUUUUAUUUUUAUUUUUUAAGUAGCCCUGGCUUUUGGGGACGAGCCUAUUGAGUAUGGAAAUUCAUCUGUCUCUCCACACCUCUUUGUACGUUUCGCAGCUUGUAGAAUACGUUUUGUUUUUUAAAUGAAAGAACUUCCUUGCUUUCAAGGUUUCGUUAGGCUGCAUCGCAACGAAAAGACUUCCAGUUUAAUUAUAUUGAUUAGCUCUUUAGGUGACAGUGGAAUCAAUUUUGUAAGUGUUCUGUGCACUUUCUGACAUUAACAGAUUUCGAAUUUGAUACAUGGCGGACCCUCCUCCUCCUCUGCAUAUUUGGGGAGAAAUGCUAUGAGGCACAAGUUUUGUUUACUUCAGUGAGAAUUAAAAAUGAUGGUGGGAGAGACAAA